UAAACUGUUUGGAAUGACGGUUUGAAUCUUUGAAGAUCUGUGUAGGUGGGUCUGUCAAGCAAGUGUCACAACACAGAGUGCAAUGGCGAGGACUCUGCUUUCCGCUUUGUGUCUCCUGGUUGGACUUGUAUGUUUCCCAAGUACAGAAUGUUGGGAAGCACCUUGGUUCUGUCAUGGACGUGAGUGUCCUGUGUACACUGUGGUACAACAGUAUGAGGGAUUUGAGGAGCGUAACUACGAAGUGAGCCAUUGGAUUACAACUGAUGUUGCGAGUGCCAUUAAGAGUGAUUUAAAGGAUGGAUUUUGGAAACUGUAUUAUUUCAAUCAAGGUCAAAACAGUGAAAAUAAGGAGAUUGCUAUGACCAGGCCUGUGCUGGUCUCAGUGAAGGAAGCUGAUGGUAUGGGGGAGCAAAAGGUGUCCAUUUCCGUCUUUCAGUCUGACACGGACAUUCCUGAGCCCAAUGAUAAUACCAUCAGAAAAAUAGUCAUACCAGGCGGUACUGUCUACGUCAGGUCGUUUGGUGGUUUUGCAUCUGAUGAAGAUGCCUUGGAGAAUGUGCAGCAGCUUAGGGAGGACCUCAGAGCUGCAGGAAAGGAGUUUGUUGAAAACAGGUUCGAUGCAGCUGGAUAUGAUGCACCAUGGGAUUUGAUCAACAGGCACAAUGAAGUUUGGGUUCGUGCACCCUGAGGACUUGCAGAUCCAGAAAGUUCUGUUCCUCAUUCCUACGGUGUAGCCUCUUUUUACUUUGAAGUUCCAGUCUAUUGAAGAUUUCCUUGUAUAUCAUAUGACGAAAUGAUAGUAUAGUGUUCAUGCUUCAGUCUUAACCAUUGGAUUAAUGUUUCAUUUUGUGCAGUACAAAUGUGGAAGUACUUUGAAGUUGUUUGACAGGAUUAUAAACUGGUUUUAGGAAUGUGAUGACUAUCAUCUACCUCUGUAGGUUCAGAUAGAUUCAAACUGAAAAUGCAGUAAAAUUUACUGAAAUCUAAUAGCUUUAACAAUAAAACAUGUGACCUCUUUAU